AUGAACUUGAAAGUACACAAGCAGCGGGAGCCGCUGCACGUGCUGCGACUGACGCGAGUAGCAGCCAGCAGCAGCUCGUCCUAUUCAGGCAGCGACGGGCUGUCCAUGCUGGCGAAGCUGCUCGACGCCAAGGGCGUGGCCCUCCAUAGGGCUGACGUCGCUGCUGCUGCUGCCAGCGCGAUUCCCACAGGGCCUUCAGGUGGAAUUUCAGGUGCAGGAGGGGGUUUUGUUGGUUCGGGUGGCGGUUCAGGGUCGGGCGGGAGUGCAGGGAGUGGUGGGGCUCUGGUGAAGUCAGGAUCGGGAGAUGGAGGCGAGAAAGGAGGCACGUCAGCAGGGGGACAUCAGCAGCAGCAGCAACAGCAGCAGUCGCAGGCAGUAUCUGCUUCACCAGAGCAGCAGCAGAAGCAGCAGCAGCAACAGGUGUUGACAACAGCAGCAGCGGAGAGCAUGUUGGGUUACUCCGACCACUGGCGCUCGUUGAAGGCCCUCUCCCUCUCCUCCUGCUCCCUCUCUGUGCUCCCCAACUUCACCAUGAAUCUGCCCCUGCUGGAGGUACUGGAGGUGGAGAACAACCGCCUGAGCGCGCUGCCGGGGGAGAUCGGGCAGCUGCAGCAGCUGAGGGUGCUGCGCGCUGAUAACAACCAGCUCACCACCGUGCCCAUCACACUGCGAGAGUGCACCAACCUGAGGGAGCUGUCCCUCGAGAACAACCGCCUUGUGCGUCCCCUCCUCGACUUCAGAUGCCUGGCGGACCUGAGGGUGCUACGGCUGUUCAACAACCCCCUCGAGUUCUUCCCGGAGAUCCUCCCCUGCCGCCACCUGCGCAUGCUCUCCCUGGCCAACGUGCGCAUCAUCAGCGACCCUGACCUCAAGAUCGUUGAUGUCAGCAUCGUGCAACUGGAGGCGCAGCAAGGCUCUUACUUCUCUGCGUCCAAGCACUGUCUGAGCGACUUCUUCGCCCUCAUCUUCCGGUACUCGUCCGUGCACCACCCGCUGCUGGCGUCCGCCCUGGCGCGCAUCUGUGAGGAUCGCGAGAACCGCGCAGCCAUUGGCAAGGAUGAGAGCGCGAUCAGGCAGAUCGUGAGCAUGCUGCUGGCGGACUCCAAGCACGUGGUGGAGCAAGCAUGCCACGCCCUCUCCUCCCUGGCAAUGGAUGACGCACUGGUGACCCACCUGGUCAAAUCAGACGUGCUGGCAGCCAUCUGCUCGCUGCUGCUCUCCCAGCAGCCGGAGAUCCUCGUGUCAGUGCUGCGAGUCAUUGCCAACCUCGCCCUCGCCUCAGAUUCCGUCGCUGCGCGCAUUCUCAAUGUGGAUUCUGCUGCUAUCCUUACCAGUCUGUGUCACCACACGCACAUGAUGGAUGGCUGGUACGGGUGGGGCAUGGCGUGUGGUGGUGUGCUGCUCUCCCAGCAGCCGGAGAUCCUCGUGUCCGUGCUGCGCGUCAUUGCCAACCUCGCCCUCGCCUCUGACUCCGUUGCUGCGCGAAUUUUGAACGUGGACUCUGCCGCCAUUCUCACCAGCCUCUGCCACCACACUCACAUGAUGGUAUGGUACCAUCCAUCCCCACUAUCCCCUCCCCAAACCCUCCCUCACCCUUCCCAUCACCACCUCACCCUGCAUCCUUUCCGUUCUAACAACCUCCCUCUCCCUCUCGUCCAUCUCUCUCGCCUCUCCUUCCCGUCCCUCUCUCCCGUCCCUCCCUCCUCCUUCUCCCAGGUGCAAACUCAAGCCCUAAUGGCGGUGGGUAACUUGUCAUUCUGCCCGGACAACCGCCGCCUGCUGGUGGCCCAACCAGGCUUCCUGGAUGGGCUCUAUCACCUUGCCACAGGGGGUGGGGGGCUGGGCGGCGGGGGCUUCGGGGGCGGGGGAGGGGGAGAGGAAGCGGGAGAAGGGGGUUUGGGAGCGGAAGGGGGGGGGAUGAGGGGGGGCGGAGGGGGUGUGGGCAGGUACCAGCACAGGGCGUUAGUGGUGGAGGUUCCAACUGUCUUCUCGUUCCGCAAGGCGGCAGCACGGGUGCUUGCUAUUCUGGGUGAAAAUCGGCUGGUGCAGGAGGCGCUAUGCACGAGGGCAGUGGGGCAGAGAGGCGUGUGCGUACUGGUGAUGGAUGGGGGGGGCAUGCGAGGCAUGGCCAUGGUGCAGAUGCCACGCAGCUAUAUAACAACUCCCUCCCGUUUUACCCCCUUCCCCCUCGCUUUGUGCCGUGAAAAUCGGCUGGUGCAGGAGGCGCUGUGCACGAGGGCAGUGGGGCAGAGGGGCGUGCGAGUGCUGGUGAUGGACGGGGGGGGCAUGCGGGGCAUGGCCAUGGUGCAGAUGCUGAGGCAGAUAGAGGGGCGCACGGGAAGGCGUGUGCAUGAGCUGUUUGACCUCGUGUGUGGCACGUCCACUGGCGGCAUGCUGGCAGCUGAGCUGGGGAUCAAACGGCUCACCUUGGACCAGUGCGACGAUGUGCGCGUGCAUGAGCUGUUUGACCUGGUGUGUGGCACGUCCACUGGGGGCAUGCUGGCAGCUGAGCUGGGAAUCAAGCGCCUCACACUCGACCAGUGUGAUGACGUGUGGAGUCGGCAUCGCAAGCUGGUGUUUUCGAACAUGGAGGCGAUGGAGUCGGCAUCGUGGCGGAACAAGCUGACUGUUGAUGUGCUAAGUCAAGUUGCAACCAACCCCUGCUCUCUCCGUGUUCAACCCCCUCCCUCUCUCCCACCAGGCAACCUGGUGUUUUCGAACGUGGAGGCGAUGGAGUCGGCGUCGUGGCGGGACAGGCUGGAGCAGCUGUGUUGUAUCCGAUACCAACCCUUCACCACGCCCAUUGCUAUCCCCGUGUUCAACUCUUCCUUUGUGAACCCUAAUCAACCCCACUCCCCUCUCACCAGGCAAGCUGGUAUUCUCAAAUGUGGAGGCGAUGGAGUCGGCUUCGUGGCGGGACAAGCUGGACCAGCUGUACAAGAGCUCGUCUCAGAACUACCGUGUGGUGGUGCACGGCAGCAAGGUGAGUGCGGGGUGAAGGGCCACAAUGCGGAGCAGUUUGAGCAGCUGUUACAGGAGAUGUGCACGGACGACGAUGGGGAUCUGCUCAUUGACUCCGCAGUCAAGGGCGGGCCCAAGGUCUUUGUGGUCUCCACCCUCGUUAGUGUCACACCCGCCACGCCCUUCGUCUUCCGAAACUACCAGUAUCCCCCAGGAACUCGGGAAACUCCCCAUCCCCCCGCCGACGGGUCCCCCAUGCCCACGCCGCCCCCGCGCAUGCGCACGUCGGGGCUAUCUGCGCUGCUAGGCACGUGCAAGAUGCAGCUCUGGCAGGCCAUCCGAGCCUCCUCCGCAGCUCCGUACUAUUUCGACGAUUUCGCCGUGGGGCCCCACCGCUGGCAAGACGGGGCUAUUUUCGCAAAUAACCCCACGAUUGUGGCCGUUAGAGAGGCUCGGCUGCUCUGGCCGGACCUGCCGCUGGACUGCGUGGUGAGCCUCGGGUGCGGCUCGGCGCCGCCGAAGCUGCGUGGGAGGCCCGGGUGGAGGGUGGCAGAUACGGGGCAGGUGCUUGCAGAGGCUGCGACGUCGGUGGAGCAGGCGGAUCUGGCGUUUGAGUCGGUCAUGCCCAUGCUGCCUGAUGUCAAAUACUAUCGCUUCAACCCAGUGGACGAGCGGUGUGGCAUGGACCUGGACGAAACAGACCCAGCGGAGUGGGAGAAGCUUGAAACCGCAACGGACGAGUACCUCACAGCAGUCAACCGCGACAUGGCAGAGCUCUGCAAGUACCUCCGCCUCUCCGUUGCUCAGGAGGAAGCUGAUAAGGCCGCCGCAGCAGCACUGUUAGGCGGAGGAGCAGCAGGGGCAGCGGCAGCAGCAGCAGGGGGGUAUAGGAGUCGCCCGGGCAGUCGGCCGGGAAGCAUGCCUGGCAGCCCCUGUCCCGGCACCCCGAGAGGCUACUCUAGCCCUGCAGCACCACCUGUUUACCCCCCCAUUGUGCUCCCUGCGUCACCUCGGUCUCCCAAGACGUCUGCCCCCGCGUCGCCCCUGGCCAAGGUGAUUGGGCCGCAGGGGGAGCAGAAGCGGGGAGGGAGUGGCAGCUCGCUGCACGCGAUCAAUCCGUACCGUCGGCACGUGCUGCUCGUGGACUCCAUCCGGCCGUCCGUUGCGCGCCGGCCCUGGCAGCACUCGGCUCGGCUCUGCUGCUCUGCCAUCGGCGGCGGCAGGUAUGGCAGCAGCAACAGCAGCGCUGUGUCUACCCAUGCAGCAGCAGCAGCGAGGCUAGCAGGGAUCAUCAGCAGUAUCAGUACGGAGGGUGGCAGCACUGGCAGUCUGCUCUCCCACCUGCGCCGGCCCCCUAAAGUAGACGAGCAUAUCUGUGAGCCCUGUGACGCUCCCUCUGGUGGCACUGCGGGUGCUGCUGCUGCUGCUGCUGCUGCUGCUGCUGCGUCGACUGGGCUCUAUUUUUCCACCUCUCUCCAGUCCCCCUUCAGCUCCCGACCCUCCAGCGUGCCUGGGAGCCCCCGAAUCACAGGGUCAGCUUCGGCCAUGGCUGCUGCUGCAGCUGCAGCGGCCGGGGCGUCUGCUAGUGGUGGUGCUAGCCCCCAUUUAGUGCCAUCCACAGGAGUGGCAGCACUGGCAGCAGCAGGGGUAGGUUCAGCCGGUGCUGCUGGUACGGCUGGGAUGAGGAGGUCUGGUAGCAGCACGGCCAUAGCCGCAGGUCCGGGAAUAGGCUCGGGUGGUGCGGGUGGAGGUUCGGGAGGAACAGUGGGAAGUGCAGGAAGCCGGAGGGGAGUGGAUGGAAGGGGAGGAGGGGGUGGUGGCUCCCCAGUGUUCCGAGUUCCCUCCAACCUGGAUCUUAACAAGCCCACAGGGGAAACCACCCGCCCUGCCACUGCCAGCACUGCUACUGCCAGCACUGCUAUUGCUGCUGCUGCUGCUGCUGCUCCUGCUGCUGCUGCUACCGGUGCUGGGGCUGGGUCUACUAUCAGAGCGAGUAGUACAGAGGACACACCGCUGGGAGUGGAAGCGAGUUUCCGGCCCUGGAUGGCCGAAGGGGAGGACUUGGAUGGGGAAGAGGAGGGGCAGCGAGGCAUGAGCACCAGGCAGGCAGGCAUGGGAGCAGUCACACGGGGUUACACACCAGCGUCAGCAUCAGGCGCAGCAGGGGCAACGGAAUCGGCAACAGCAGGGAGAGCAGCGGCGGCGGCGGCGGCAGCAGCAGCGACGCUGCCGAGUGUGGGCGCGCGACUGAAGCCGGUGUGGACAGAGGGCGGGUCGAGGAGGGCGGUGGCGCUGUCUCUCUCCCCCCCGGCAGCAGCACUCAUGCAGCGCCUGCAGCAGGCUGCUGGCGUGGGGCUCGUGCACCUGGCGCUGCCGUGUGAUCAAGCUGGCUUCAUCCUUACCCUGCUGCAGCAGGCUGCUGGCGUGGGGCUCGUGCACGUGGCGCUGCCCUGCGACCAGGCAGGCUUCAUCCUCACGCACCUUCCCUCCCUUCCCUUCCGCUGGACCUUUGAGUGGCAGAGCCCAGUGAUUCUACCUCUCACCUGUUCUCUUUCUCUGUCCCUCACAACUCUCUUACCCCGUAUCCUCUCUUCCAUCCCUCCCCCCCUCAGCUGGUCCUCUGAGGUCAUGUCAGUGGCAGAGCCUAUUGACUCCGCCUUCCACCUGCACUCUUUGCACCGAAAAAUUCACAACCUUUUCGUCCCUAUCUCCCAUUCCGAUCACUCCCCCUUGUCCCGUGUUGCCUCCCCCUCAGCUGGUCAUCUGAGGUCAUGUCAGUGGCAGAGCCCAGUGAUUCUACCUCUCACCUGUUCUCUUUCUCUGUCCCUCACAACUCUCUUACCCCGUAUCCUCUCUUCGAUCCCUCCCCCCCUCAGCUGGUCCUCUGAGGUCAUGUCAGUGGCAGAGCCUAUUGACUCCGCCUCCCACCUGCACUCUUUGCACCGAAAAAAUCACAACCUUUUCGUCCCUAUCUCUCAUUCCGAUCACUCCCCCUUGUCCCGUGUUGCCUCCCCCUCAGCUGGUCAUCUGAGGUCAUGUCAGUGGCAGAGCCCAGUGAUUCUACCUCUCACCUGUUCUCUUUCUCUGUCCCUCACAACUCUCUUACCCCGUAUCCUCUCUUCCAUCCCUCCCCCCCUCAGCUGGUCCUCUGAGGUCAUGUCAGUGGCAGAGCCUAUUGACUCCGCCUUCCACCUGCACUCUUUGCACCGAAAAAUUCACAACCUUUUCGUCCCUAUCUCCCAUUCCGAUCACUCCCCCUUGUCCCGUGUUGCCUCCCCCUCAGCUGGUCCUCUGAGCUGGUCAUCUGAAGUCAUGUCAGUGGCAGAGCCUAGUGACUCCGCCACUCGCUUGCUGGCCCGGGCCAUUGACAGCAUUGGCUGGUGGAACCCCGCUCGCCGCCACGCUGCCGCUCUUGCCCACAACCUUGCUGCCUCUGCCGCUGCUGCUGGUGCUGGUGUGGGUGCUGGCGUGGGUGCGGGUGCUCCUGGUGCUGGUGCUGCCAAAGCUCCAAUGUCUGGUUCGGGUGGUCUUGCUUCGGCGCCUUGUUCAACCUCGGCUUCGGCGGUCGAUCUGGUUGGGCUUGCUGCUGGUCAUCAAGGAGCCAGUUCCCCCGGGCUUGGUCCGGUGAACGCAGCAGGUUCGGCAAGCGCAAGACUGGCAGCAGGUUCGGGAUCAGCAGGCCCGGUAGGGAUGAGUGCAUCGGGUAGUGGUGGUGGCAGUGCCAGGGGCAUCAGUGGAACCCCGAGCUCUUCCGGUGCUCCUGUCACUGCUGCUGCCGCUGCUGCAGCUGCUGCCAGUCCUGCUGGUGGCUCUGCUGCUGCUGCUGCUGGUACUGGUGCUGGUGGUGGUGUGAGAGGUAUGCCACGUGCUGCCCCUCUUUCAAGCCGCCUCAAAAGGAGUCUGUGGGAGUUGGUGCAUGUGGCGAGCUGCUUUGUGGUGGAUGGGGUGCUGCACCGCUUCAUGGGCUGCCACACCCAGAUCCUGCCUGGCGGCAUGGAGGUGAGCACGUACCUCUUCAGCUGCACGGCUCCCGCCAUCCACCUCACAGAUGCAGACAUUCUCUGGAUGGCAUCCUCGUGGAGGGAUCGCAUUAUCGUCUGCACGGGCCAACAGGGGCCCCCCGCCGCCCUCGUAGACGCCUUUCUCGACACUGGAGCCAAGGCUGUCAUCGCUCCUCCCGCUGCCGGUUCCUCUUCAUUGCCUGGACAUUUUGCUGCUGCUGCUGCUGCUGCGGCGGCAGUUGGCAUGUCUCCUCGUGUUGACUCGGCUUAUCAAGGAGCGAUGGGUUCGGAAUUCGCGGCGGCAGCAGCGGGUGGGGAUUUGGGUAGGAUGGGGAAGAGGGAGGCCUGGUUGGAUGACGUGGAGACUUGGAUUGGUCGGGAGGAUCGGGUGUUUGGUUUGGCGGCGGAGAAGGAGCAAGCAAGUGCAAAGGUGGAGGAAGAGAGGUUGGGGUUGUUCUUGAGGGAUCUGUACAGUGGGUUGUUUGAUGAUGGAUUCUCGGCUCCUGUAGCCUUGGAGGAGACCCUGAAGGCACAUCCGGGGAUGAAGUUUUCAUGCCAUGUCAAGAAAAGGUGA